AUGCUACGUCUUGCUAGAUCACCCCUGUCACGUCGGGCUGUGGCCACAUUUCGGUCUCCGUCGAGUUUUGUACCCUUUGUCGCUAGCACAUGUAGAAGAUCCUUGUCGAGUUCAGGAGGGACCUGGAAUUGGAACAAAUUUGCGCAUGGCAAUGGAACCGAUGGAGAUGGCAGUGCGGACAAGAAAAAUGAAAGUCAAGAAGCCCAAGUUCUCAAGAAUUGUGGUGAACUCUACAUGUCUUUGAUGCCACUCAAUGAAAAGCUUCGUGGUCCAUUGGAACAACAGCAACUAACAGCAGACGGGGGCGUAGAAGGAACAUUGAUUGGCAACAAUACGCUCCUCCCCUUUGUCUUUUUGGUGGGAAAUCAUUCCAGUGGAAAAAGCAGCUUUAUCAAUUACGUCAUGGGCCGAAAUGUACAAACCGCAGGAGUGGCACCCACCGAUGAUUGCUUCACCAUCAUCACGGCUGGACCCGAAGAUCAGGAUCAAGAUGGACCAGCGUUUAUCUAUGGCAAUCCAGCAUUUGGAUUCAACAGUCUCAGCCAGUUUGGUCCCACUCUGAUCCAUCACACACAACUCAAAGUACGAAAGGAUAUUCGGACAACCGAGUUUAUGAUGGUAGAUUCGCCUGGAAUGAUCGAUAGUCCAGCCAGUAUGGGUGGAAUGUUACAGCAGGGAAACCCAAAGGACAGCAGUGCCAGUCUCAUGGAUCGGGGCUAUGACUUUCCCGGAGUGGUACGAUGGUUUGCCGAACGAGCCGACAUUGUCUUGCUAUUCUUUGAUCCAGACAAACCAGGGACUACAGGAGAGACUCUUUCCAUUCUCUUGCAUUCCCUUGGUGGCAUGGAUCACAAGUUGAUGAUUGUACUCAACAAAGCAGAUCAGUUUGAAAAGAUCCAUGACUUUGCCCUAGAGGAUGCCAUGGAGAAGCUCAACAAUACAACAACAACUAGUAACGGAGAAGAAGAUAUGGAAGGUGAUCAAUCUGCUCAGACUGCUACUGCUCCUGCAUCAGCCGUUCAGGGAGGUCUCUCGGAUCUAUACGCUACCAAAGAUGAAGUUGUAGCAGAAGUAAUGAAAGCACCCAAAAGGCGAGUCGACAAUGUCAUCACCCACCUCUACGAUUCCGUCUGUGUUUUGCGAAUGCAUACUCGGGUCUGUCAAGACCUGAGACAACGGUACAAUCGGCAUUACUGGGAUUGCAAAUAUCAGGAGCUAGGACUGACCGCUGGAAGUGCUGGGUUGACCGGUGCCAUUUGGUACGCCGGGAAUGCGGGUCCACUCGCAGCGGCCGCCUCCUCGGGGGCUUGGUCCAUGGAGGCCGUCCUGGGAUCUGUAGUGGCAGCGUCCAUUCUAGGAAUUGGAGGAUUGACGUGGUACAAUGGAGCCAAGCUACGAGCUCAUGAGAAAGAACUCAUGUCGGUUGAGGGAUUGAGCACAUCGUUUCAAAACUGUCAUCGCCGUGAGAUCCGAGAAGGAGACGAAUACGUUGCUAGUUUGUGGCAACGUAUCCGAGAACCCUUGCAAUCGUCAUUGGAGCAAAUGGGAGGACUGAGCAGAAUGCCCUCCUCUCCGUCCAUCAACUAUGACAACGAAGUGAAGCGUCUGUCCGAAAUUUUGGAGCGAGAUAUCCCGUCACUGCGAAGAAUUGUCUCCCCAACCACCAGUGCUUCUAGUAGGUAG